CCUCAAUAUGAAUAUGCCCACGCAUGCACGUAGAAACCUGAUAAGAUUUUAGCAUGUGUCAUGCCCAAAUGAUGGAAACGCAAAGAUGGAACUAAUUCAGAAUCAAGUGGGGUCACAGUCAUGUACUACAUGACGAUCAUAUGUUGGGGCUGAUGAGCAGACUGUCCCCGGAUGGUGUCAGACAAAACAUCAUAUCCUCCUCCAAGAAGCCUCCCCUGGUACCCACUCCAGACAGGACAGAAGAAGAAAUGAAAAUAUUGAAACAGAUCCUUGGUCUGCUGAGCCUCCAAGUGCUGAGCGAAGAAACGAAUGACUGCAAAGAAGAAGUGAAGUCUCCCCCAGCCACCACCACUGCCAGGGUAUUUGUGAAGAAUAGCGGCUGGAGCUUUUUGAGAUGUGCCUACAUGGUGAUAACCUUUCUCUUCGUGUCCUACAAUAAAGGAGACUGGUGUUACUGCCACUAUUGUAGCCCGGACAUGAAUGUGAGAGACGACCCCUGCUGCUCUUUCUAGUGAGCCUGGCCCGUCUCAGUCAACCUACACAAGCCCUCGAGCUCCCAGGCAUCUCACCUGCAAGGUGGCCCUGCAACCCGGAGGGGAAGUCUCUCAGGGGACCGAGCAGCGAGAAGAGGCCCCGAGAGAGCGAGCGGAACGAGCCUCUGCUUCCGGACCACUUUCGGCCUUUUCUUUGCUGUUCCUCUAGUGAAACGUGCACUUGUGCAACGCCUAAGGGUUUCUUUCUCGUGUUCACAAAACGCAGCACCCGAGCACAGGGUGGUGGGGUUCUGAGGGUCACCUGUAAUUCUUAAAUAAAAGGAUUCUUUAA